AUGUUCCGAACCCUGUCGUUACCCAGGACCAUUUCUCGCACGCUCUGGUACAUGUACUGGAAUUGGACAGGCAACUCUCAGCUACAGCUAGAAAGAUUGCACAAGAAACACGGCCCCAUUGUCCGUAUCACACCAUACAUCAUUGAUGUUGACAUACCAGAGAUUAUCCAGACGGUUUUCAGCACGAAGGGGAAUUGGCAUAAGACUCCCUGGUACCAUGGAAGUAGCGCGCUUGUCAAUAAUCAGAUCGUCCUCAACCUGUUCAGCCAGACCGAUUCAAAACAGCACGCAAAGGAGAGAAAGCCAAUUGCCAAAUUCUACUCCCCGUCUGCCACUGCCGCGCUCGAGCCUCAUAUUGACUCAGUCAUGGAGAAGUUCUGCCAAGACCUGGAGAGACGGUUCAUCAAUGUUCCAGACGACAAGCGGGAGUUCGACCUUGGCCAGUGGAUUCUAUUCUAUACCUGGGAUGUGACUGGUGCUGUGACGUUCUCCAAGCCAUUCGGUUAUUUGGAUAAAGGCUUCGAUUUCGACGGCGUUCUCCAUGCUGCCGACAAAGCACAGGACUAUUUUGUCGUCGUCGGAGCCAUGCCGUUCCUCGACCGAGUUUUCGAUAAGAAUCCCGUUUACCGUGUCGGGCCACCCGGAUUCAAUACUUCCACUGGCAUCUCGAUCCAACGCUUGCAAGACCGCUACACUGGUGCAGACAAGGAAUACCACAACCCGGACAUUCCCGACUUUCUCGAUCACUUCAUUGCCGCCAAGAAUGACGAGCCUGAAAACGUCAGUGACCCUCAGAUCAUUUCCUGGCUCAUGGUCAAUAUGAUCGCAGGAAGCGAUACUACAGCGAUCACCAUCCGAAGCGCUCUAUACUUCUCCCUCAGCGAUCCCAAAGUCUGGUCUCGGCUCAACGGCGAAAUUCGUGCGAAGCGUUUCCAAGAGCGCGGAAUGGUUCCACCGGCAUACAAAGAAGUCCGCGCCAUUCCUUACGUCGAUGCUGUCGUGCGCGAAGCGCUCCGCAUUUUGCCAGGCGUCUCUAUGUCUAUGGAACGCUACGUCCCGGCUGGCGGGUUCACGCUACCGAACGGCGACUAUCUGCCUGGGGGAACUAUCAUCGGGAUGAGCCCUUAUAUCACGAAUCGGAACCAAUCGGUCUUUGGCGCUAAUGCCGACGCGUUCCGGCCAGAGCGCUGGUUGAGGGACGAGGCUGGAGGCGAAACGGAAGACUCCUUCCAGUCACGCCUGAUCCUGAUGAACAAGGCGGACUUGUCCUUUGGGGGCGGAAGCAGAAGCUGCAUCGGCAAGAACCUGGGGUUGUUCCAGUCCUACAAGGUUCUGACUACGCUCAUUACGCUGUACGACAUAGAGUUGUCGGAAAAGGCAGACUGGAAGGUUAUUUGCAGUUGGUUCCCACGACAAGAAGGCUUGCGGGUCAGGAUGAGGCGAAGGCCGUUGUCAGCAUCAUGA